AUGGCUGAAAAUAUUAAGUUACUUUUUUUUAUAAAAAUAUUUGCAUUUAUACUUUUAAUUUGGACAUGUCAAUUUAAAAAGAAUAUGAGCACAUUUAGUAAAUCACUGGAUGAAAAUCGUAAUCUUUUUAUAAAAUUAGAUACAAGAAAUUAUCGAUCACUAGCAAAUUAUAAACAGAAGAUUGAUUCAAAUAAUGUAUGUUUAAAAGAAAAUUUUACAAAUAAUGGAGUGAAGGAAAAAAAAGUCAACGGAAAAAAUAAACAGUCUAAUAGUGCGUUAAAUAAGAUGCGAUACUAUACAGAAGUUAUUGAUUAUAAUAAUGGAAUGUUUGAUGGAAAAUAUUUCCAUUUUGAAAAAAAACGGAUUAAAAAAAAAGAUUAUGAUAAUUUUCUAGAAAAAAAUAAAAGAAUUUGUGAUAUAACUUUAGGAAAAAUAAAACUUAGAAGUUAUGGAUUUGUAGUCGCUAUUUUUUUUUUUUUUGUAUUGUUAGGAAUAGGAAUGCCCGCAUUACAUGUAUUAAAUCCUUUUAAUGUUGAAACGAAAGAUAUGCAAGGAUUAUGGAAAACUUUGAAUGUAACUAUAGAGAAAUGGAUAAAAGGUAUAGAAAUACAAGUUUAUGUGGCAUUAUAUAGCGUACUUAUGAUUAUGUUAUCUGUUAUUCUUAUAAUAGUGUUUUAUAAAAUCUUAAGGAAUAAUGAAAAAUAUAAAAAAAUUAAGUUAAUAACGGAAUACAACGAAUGA